AUGCUGUUUCAUAUUUUGUCGUUAUUCUUCUUCAUAAAUCGAAUUGAUUUAUCGAUAACAGAAGGAGAAAGAUCAAUCAAUAUAAAAUGUAUUGAUUUACUUGUUGGACAAUAUCGUUGCCAACAACCAAAAAUUGAUGAUCAAACACAAGAACCUCAAGGUUGUGAACGACAUCCUUUAAUAUUAAACGGGGUAGAAAAAUUUAUUGAUACAGCUCCAAUAAGUUGUUAUACAGCUCCAAAAAUUAUUUGUGAAGGAGGAAUUUAUAAUGAAACAUUAGAUGGAUAUGUUUUUGAAAAACAUACAUCAUGUCGAUGGACAAAUGGAAAAUAUUAUCGUACAACAUUAAUUUUAUCCUUAUUUUUAGGCAUUUUUGGUAUUGAUCGUAUUUAUUUGGGAUAUUAUGUUAGUGGUUUGCUAAAAUUAUUUACUUGUGGUUUUAUGCUUGUCGGUGCUCUAGUCGAUUUUUUAUUAAUUGCUCUUCAAGUUCUUACACCUGCUGAUGGUUCACAUUAUAUCAUUGAUUAUUAUGGACCUCGUCUUUUAUGGACAGAAUUUAAUGAAAAUCGAACUUAUUUAAAACCACAAAACUAUUAA